AUGGACGACUUUGAUAAGGAGAAUGUCAUGCCGGCGACGUCCAGCGACCCUCUCGCCCGCAGCAAGGGACUGUCGCCGUCACCAAAGAAGGCAAAGAAGGGCAGAAGUAAGAGUAUCGGCCCAGGAUCUCUCGAGGAACCAGCACCAGAGCCCAAGAUCAGUGCAAGGGAUAGGCGGAAAUCAGCAUUCAUACCUGCAACCAAGAGUAUCUUGUCAAAAAAUGAAGACGCCGAACGAGCAGCGCGUCGUAAGACGAUGGUCAAUCGUCGCGUGUCUUUUGCGCCAGAAGCAACACUGCAUACCUGGGACAUUGUUAUCGAUACAGCCCAAGACCAAACAACGUCGACCGACUCGAACGACAGUACGCGACGCGCCUCAGGCUUCAAUCGUGACUCCAGCUCUCCUGCCGCCAGCUCCGAGGUGGAUGCUGCCCAGGAAGCGGAAGAUAGGCAGUUGCUUUCUCCUCCAGAAUCACAGCAUGCUGGCAAGCAGCAAAAGAAGUCCAGGAGGAGCUCUGGUGUCCCGCCAAUGAACUUCAACAACCCAGACGAUGCCUUUACCACAGACGACUCCAGCGGAAGCGAUGACUCAGGCAGCGAUGAAGAGGCAGGCGAGGAUGGGGAUGAAGGAGACGCAGAGGGUGAAUCAGACGAUGGCGAGAGCACUGCCAUGAGUCUUGACGUGGGCGAUGCAACUAUCCGAUCUGAGGCUGCGAGCGAGGACAGCACGAGCUCAAGCCUGACUGCUCGAUUACAGGCAGCUGCAGAGAUGGCCGGCACAAGAGGCAUCCAGUACGACGAAUUUGGCGACGAUGUUUCAAUGGAGAUUGCCGAGAACGAGGUCACAAACGCAAUUCAACCUUGGAUGCAGCAGAAUCAGCUUGAGCGCAUCGGGUCUGCUGGGCUCGAUCAGGAAAAUGUAAACCCAUUCUCGCCUGCCUUCAAGGCCGAAGUGGUUGCGCAGCAGCAUGACGAGAAUGUCGAGGAAGAAGACAUGAGCAUGGAUAUGACUCGUGCAGUCGGUGGGAUCAUGAGAGCACCUCGCGUUGCACAACCCCAAAGUUCUCCUGCCGCCAGCGAUGGCGAUGGCACGAUGGACUUGACGCAAGCAGUCGGAAAGAUCACGGGCCAAAAGAGACGAAGAUCAACCACAGACUCGGGUUCGCCGGCAGCCGCCCCUAAAGCACAGAGCAAGCGGAGACGAUCUUCGGUCGCUCGCUCUUCGGUGGGUGACGAGACGAUGGACCUUACCAUAGCGUAUGGCGGCAUUCAAAACAAUGGCUCGCCUGCGAAGCCAGAUCGUAGGCGCAGCCUGAGAUCACGCAGGUCUUCUGGCAUGGUGUCUGACGCCAGCGACGCGACCAUGGACAUGACUAUGGCAGUAGGAGGCAUCAGAUCAGCACCUCGCAACGUGCAAGAUGAAAGCUUCAAUGAGAAUGAAGAGCUAUCCAUGGAGCUCACACACGUCCUUGGCGGCAUUCGUGAUGGAGUUACGCCUGCCGGAGGCACUCAAGUGGCAACUCCACAAGCAAAGUCACCUUCGCAAGGAGCAGCUAAAGUUACGCCAAAAGACCAAGAACGUUUCAAGAACACUCCAGAUCUCGGAGCUAAGCAGCUUCUGAUGCCUUUGCUACAGAAAGAGGCUCAGAAGACUGCUGAGAAGCCCAGUCCGAUCAACAAAGCUCGACAAUCGCUUUCACCAAUGCGACUGUCAGCAUCGCCCGCCAGACGGCAGUCCUCGAAGGAGUUAACCCCUACACAGAAGGGGCCUGUCUCAGCUCAAAAGCAGACAACAUCGAGCGACGAAGCCUCGUAUCCUGUGCUGCCUCCGGCUGAGGAACACAAUUCGCCUGUUCGCACGCCGACAUCGAGUCCAAAGCGAAGGCGGAGUCGAAGAAAUCUUAGCAGUGAGCAGCGAAAGUUCGAUCAGCAACACCAGAUUCCGCAGCAGUCACCUAUGGCCGACAAGCAGCAGCGAUCAUCGCCAUUGAGGCACACUACCACAACGCCAGAAAGGCCGAGAAGCUCGGAUGAAUCAAAGAACCUCAAUGAUACCAUUGGCAUGAUGGCAACGCCGAGGAAAGAGGCACUGAAGACUUUUACGCCAAAGAAGCAAACGCCAGCGAAUCAGGCAUCUCCGCUGAAGGCCAUAACUCCACGAGGACGACCGACUGCGAGAAGCGCUGCUACCGUGCUGCCUUCACCUGUCAGACGUCUCAACGAGGAUUUGAAAUCUCUCAAGUCCCGAAACGAGAACAUUGAGCCAGUGGGCCUGCAGGAUUUUCUCAGCAAAGCCAACAUUCGUUUCAUGGAUCUCACAACGACCAAGCGACGUCUGACCACGGCUGUGCCUCCAUCUCAAGGCUCACAGGAUGUCCAGGCCGAGAAAGUUGACCUCGAGAGUGGCGUUGUCGCUGCAGCGUGCACUAUCCCCGAGCUCGAGCUCUAUCAGCAUGCCUGCCAUGAACUCAAGCGCUUCACCAAGGAGGGCAAACGUGUGAUUGGGGAACUGGAACAGGAGACGAGAAAGAACCAGCCUCCACUUCUUCAAGUAUAUAUGAAUGCUUCUCCAGACAAGAAAAUGGUGCUCGAUGCUGCCAUGCGAGAUAUGAAGACCAAUGCUCGCUUGAGGAGCAAGGAGAUGUGGUAUGCUUGGCGAAGUCAACUUCUGGAAGAGCUCAUGGGCGGGCUGUCAAAAAUAGGCGAGGGCCUGAUCCAGGACGUCGAGAUCUUAACACAGUCUGAAGAGGUUCUGGACGAAGCUUUGCCUCCUCUUGUCAAGCAGCAUGAGGAGCUGCAACAGGAAGCAGACAUUCUUGAAAAGAGUGCCAAGGAGAUACCAGAGGAGGACAAGGCGCAGCUCAACGAAGUACGAGAAAACCUUGUCGAUAUCAACAAUACUGUGGCGGAGAAACGCAGGCUUCUCAACGACCUUCGUAGGAAAGUGGAAGAGCAGGACAACCUCGCCGAGCAUCUUCAGGAUAGCAAGCAGGAGCUGAUGGCCGCUAUACAAGAGUCCAACCGCGUUCGAGAAGCAUGUCGAGGCGUUUCUAUUGAAGAAGUCUGCAAGCUCAAAGAAUCUGUCGCCCGCCUCGAAUCCGAAUCAGGCUGGGCAAUCACCUCCGCCUCCUCAUCACCAUCGACCAUAACCAUGACGUACCGCUCCCAAAUCCAGCUCUUCUUCCACCCUCGAGCCUUCAACAACACCAACCCCAACAAUCUCGGCCAAUACCCCAACGCCCCAAUCAGUCUGACCUACAUCGACAACAAAAAGCAACCCCUAACCACAACCCUCCGCUUCUUCCUCCAACUCCUCCAAGCAAGCCUCCAAGCCAUCCCCCAACACCAAACCAAAAUCUCAGACCUCCUCUCCCUCGUCUCGAGUAGCUGGGACCAAACCACAGAAAUCUCGGAAAGCGAGCGAAGACUCGGCCUCGAAACUCUCACAACAUCCCGCAUAACCAGCGACGAGGAAAUGCAAGUCAUCGCCGACGUCUUGUUACCGAACGUGCGGACGAAAGUCCGAGCUCGUUUCGAAAUCUUUGCGAGCGUAAGUUUGGCGGCUAUGCAGAUGAAAGUUGUCGUGGAACCUAGAGUUGAGGUGGUUUAUGGGGAACUCUAUGAUGAGAGGAAUAUGACAAAGUAUUUGAAGGGUUUGGUGGGUGAGGGGUGGGAUGAGGCUGUUAGAGGUAUGUGGGGGAAGUUGGUUGCUAAGGGGGCGAAGGGGGAGAGGAAGUGA